UGGCCGUGUAUUUAUAGGUAGUCGGUGGUAGGUUUAGUGUGGUGCGCGCGGGUGAGAUGUCGAGGUGGUUCCCCUGGAUAUGGCUCCUCCUCGUGGCAAAUUUGGCCGCCGCGAAGAAGACUCCCGAUGCUGCUGCUAAACAUGCCGAACCUGUAAUCGAGGAAGUCACAGCGAAGCAGCUCGAGAGGAUCCUCCAAGACAAGGACUUUGUCGCUGUCUUCUGGUAUGCCAGAAGCUGUGUAACAUGCGACAAAGUACUCGAGGAGCUAGAAAAAAUAGACGAUGAUACAGACUCUUUUGGUGUAGACUUUGUUAAAAUCAAUGAUAAACGACUUGCGAAACAAUAUGGUAUCAAAACAUUCCCAGCACUUACAUACUUUAGAGAGAAAGAACCUAUUAUAUAUGAAGGAGAUCUUAUGGACGAAGAAAAUGUCCUUGAUUUCCUUACUAGUUUGGAAGCAAUGGAUUUACCCGACAGGAUAGAAGAUGUCAAUUCAAAAAUUUUGGAUAAAAUAGUUGAAGACACAGAGUUUGUAGCCGUUCUAUUUUGCCCGGACCAAAGCAAAUGCUCGGCUGCAAAUUCUAACAAACCACAAUGCAAAAAAUGUGCGAAGGCGCUUCAGGAAUUAGAGAAUAUUGACGAUGAAGCUGAUCAGUUAGGGAUUGGUUUUGUCAAAAUAUCAGACGAAGCAUUGGCAGAUGAAUACAAUCUCGGAGAACUACCAAAAUUAGUAUACUACCGGCACCAAAUACCUAUCAUUUACGAAAACGAACUAACACGCGAGGAGGAUGUCCUGGAAUGGCUUGUUCAAAACAAGUCAACUGGUGACGAGGAUGAUGUUAUAGAAGAUGUAACCGCAAAAACACUUGGCACCUUAAUUGGUUCCAUCGACAACUUGGUCGUCCUCUUCUACGAUAACGAUGACGAGGAGUCAGUGACAGUUCUUGGCGAGCUAGAAAAAAUAGAUGAUGAUUGUGACAAACAUGGAAUACAGUUUGUUAAAAUUGACGACCCCAGUGCAGCACAGGAAUAUGGAAUUGACGAUUUACCUGCAAUUGUUUAUUUUGAGAAACAACUACCCAAUGUCUAUGAUGGGGACGUUGAAAAUGAGGAUGAAAUUCUCGAGUGGCUUAUAGCUCAACUAGAAAGAGAUGAAAUUGAGGAUGUCACUGAUGAGAUGCUUGACAAAUUGAUUAAAGAUGGCAAAACUUUGGCAGUUCUUUUCUAUGACAAUAAUGACCGUAAAUCACAAAAAGUAUUAAAUGAACUGGAGAAUAUUGAUGACGAAUGUGAUGCCUUAGGAAUUGUAUUUGUAAAACUAGACAAUGUAGAAGAGGCAAAAGAAUACGGUAUUGAAAAAAUUCCAGCUCUCAUGUAUUUUGAGAAAGGAAUACCUAUGCUUUAUGAAGGUCAACUUGAAGACGAGGAAAAGGUUCUUGCUUGGCUAGACAAGCAACAGAAGAGUGAUGAAAUUGAAGAUAUCACUGAUGAAAUGUUGGACAUGAUUAUUGAAAAAAUGCCCCAUGUUGCUGUCUUGUUUUACGACAAAGACCAAAAAAAAAGUCAGAAGGUAUUACAAGAGUUAGAAAAUAUUGACGACGAGUGUGAUCAAAACAAUAUAGCAUUUGUCAAAAUUGACAAUGAUAAUGAAGCCAAGGAAUACGGCAUUGAUAAUUUGCCGACAUUAGUCUUUUUUGAAAAACGCAUUCCACAUAUCUAUGAAGGUGAUUUGUUGAAAGAGGAUGAUCUCCUCAGUUGGCUUGUACACCAGAAGAGACAUAGUGAAAUUCCUGAAGUAACAGAUGAAAUUGUAGAAAAACUAAUUGAAAGUGAACCAUACCUUGCUGUGAUUUUCUAUGACAAAGAUGACAGUCAGGAUAUCCGUGUGCUAAAUGAAUUAGAGAACAUCGAUGAUGAACUAGAAAAAGAAGGCAUUGUAAUAGUGCGUAUGGAUAAUGAUGCUGAAGCUAAAGAAUAUGGUAUCGACCACUUGCCCACUCUCGUGUACUUUGAAAACAAAAUUCCUGCACUAUAUGAAGGAGAUUUAAUGAAUGAAGAAGAAGUGUUGAAAUGGCUUGUCGAACAAAAAGAAUCAGCAACCAUUGAAGAAGUCACAGAUGAAAUUUUAAAAGAGCUUAUAAAUGAGCAUGAAUAUGUAGUUGUUUAUUUCAGUGGUCGCUGUGAAGAAGGAGAAUCAUGUGACAACAUCCUCGAAGAACUAGAAAAUAUCGAUGAUGAGCUUGAUGAAUCAGGCAUGGUUUUCGUUACUACUGAAGACACUGCAUUAGCUAAAAAGCAUGGCAUAAAAACAUUCCCUUCACUAUUCCUUUUUAGAAAUAAAGAGCCAAUACAAUACAAAGGGGAUAUCGAGGAUGAAGAUGAAGUACUAUCAUGGCUGACAGAUGAAGACACAUUAGAAAUUCCAGGCCGCAUUGAAGAAGUUAAUUCAAAAAUGUUGGAAAAAAUAUUAAAUGAAAAUGAACAUGUAGUAGUAUUUUUUUACCAAGAAGGAGAUAAGAAAAGUCAGAAAAUCAUAGCUGAGCUUGAAAACAUUGAUGAUGAAUGUGAAGAAAAAGACAUCUCAUUUGUUAAGACCUCUGAUGAAGGAAUUGAUAAAGAAUAUGAUCUCCCCACUUUGCCAAGCCUUGUAUUUUACAGAAACAAAUUCAGAAAAAUUUACACAGGUGAUUUGAUGCAAGAGGAAGAUAUCUUAGAAUGGGUUUUAGAACUACACGAAUCAGAACCGGAUGUCAUAGAAAUGGUUGAUAGAAAAACACUUCAGGUGUUGAUCAGGGAUGUUGAGCAUCUAGCCGUCUUUUUUUACAGUAAUAACUGUCCAUCUUGUGCAACAAUCCUUGAGGAGUUAGAAACAAUUGAUGAUGACACAGACAAACAUGGAAUCCAAUUUGUCAAGUCCAAUGAUGCUAAAUUAGCCUCUGAAAUUGGUAUUUUCAGUUUUCCAGCUCUUGUCUAUUAUGAAACGGGGGUACCUAUAAUGUACGAUGGUAAUCUUAAAAAUGAGGAGAAGGUACUGGACUGGCUAGUUGAACAAAAAAGUAAUGAUGAUGAUGAUGAUGACGAUGACGACAACGAUGAUGAGGAUGAGGAUGAGGAUGAAGAUGAUGAAGACGAUGAUGAUGAUGACGAUGAUGAUGAUGAUAGUAAUGAUGUAGUUAAAAUAUCUUCAGGCGAUGGCUGCUUCAUGAUUGGGAUAGGUGGUAAACAAGUUCCACCCAAAUCAUCCUACGACUCCUUCAAGUGCUGCCCGAUCAAAGUGAAGAAACAGACCAAAGUUGCAAAAGUUGUGACACCACCUCCACGCUCACCCGCUAAAAACACACCACCUCCUAAAAAACUGACAGGAAAACCACCAGCGGAAAAGGCAGUAAAAGUCCAGGAAAAACAAGGAAAAGGGAAAAAAGGGGAUAUUGAUGAUGAAGAAGAACUCCUCGAUUGGCUGACUGAUCCAGCAAAUAUGGAACUAACUGAACAUAUUGAAAGAGUGAAUAGAAAAAUGUUCAAUAAGAUACGACAAACAUCAGAUUAUGUUGCUGUUUUCUUUUACAGUGAUGAUUGUAAGCAGUGUGGAAGAGUACUUACUGAAAUUGAACACAUAGAUGAUGAUGCUGAUGCUGCCGGAAUUGAUUUUGUUAAAAUUAAUGAUAAAACAUUGGCCAAAGAAUUAGGAGUGUUUGCAUUACCUGCUGUUCUAUUUUUCAAGAUGGGUUCAAAAGAACCAGUUAUUUAUGCAGGUGAUCUGUAUGAAGAAAAUGAUAUUCUGCAGUGGUUGUUAACACAAAAAGACCCUUCAGGGGAUGUAAUAGAAGAAUUGGAAAGUGAUGCUUUGUUGAAAAUGAUUAAAAAUUCUGAUUCUUUGGCGGUAUACUUUUGGAACAAGACUCAGUGUGAUCUUUGCAAUUCUAAAGCAUAUCGCAAGAAGAUCGUCAAACAUGCAGAAGAUGAAACAGCAGAAGAUAACGAGGAUGGUAAACUCGACGAAUGUGCCCAGUGCAAAGAAGUACUGGAAGAGUUGGAAAACAUUGACGAUGAUUGCGACCGGCAUGGCAUAACUUUUGUCAAAACUAAGGAUUUGAGUGUUGCUUCCAAAUUUGGCGUCUCAGAAUUUCCAUCAAUAGUUUAUUUUGAAGGACAAGUGCCAAAUGUUUUCGAAGGUGACAUAUUAGAAGAAGAAGAGGUCCUCCAAUGGUUAAUCACACAAAAAACUGAAGACAGAAUUGAACUCAUAACAAGAGAGAUGCUCGAAGCGAUGGUUGAAGAAACUCAAUACUUAGCUGUGUAUUUUUAUAAACCAGUAUGCCACAUCUGUGAUGAGAUCCUUGAAGGUUUGGAAAAGAUAGAUGAUGAAAGUGAUGUUUUUGGCAUCCAUAUGGUGAAAAUAAUGGACCCACAAUUGGCCAAAAGAUAUUCCAUUAAAACAUAUCCAGCUUUAGUGUAUUUCAGAAAUGGAAACCCGUUGUUGUUUGAAGGAGAUCUUCAGAAUGAACAGUCAGUCUUAGAAUGGUUGGUCGAUGACGAUAACAGAGAGCUGGCCGAUGAAAUUGAGGAAGUAAAUGCCAGAAUGAUGGAAAGAUUGCUUGACGAAUCAUUAUUUUUGGCUGUAUUCUUCUAUGAUGAAGAUUGCCAAGAUUGUGAUGAAUUGUUAGAAGUACUAGAAAUUAUUGAUGGAGAAGCUGAUAUGUAUGGCAUUGACAUGGUCAAGAUUUCUGAUCCAGAAGUGGCUAAGAAAUACAAUGUUAUUAACACGCCAUCACUGGUCUAUUUCAGGAAACGAAUGCCCUUGAUUUAUGAUGGUGAUUUAACUGAUGAAGACAAAGUAUUCUCCUGGCUGACAUCCCAAGAUGUGUUUGAAUUGAAAAAUGAGAUUGAAGAGGUCAACAGAAAAAUGGUGGACAAGUUGCUUGAUGAAAACGAAUUUCUAGCCAUUUUCUUUUAUGAAGAGGGUGAUCCUGCUACUGAAAAGGUUCUCGAGCUACUUGAAAAAAUUGACGACGAAACAGAAAACAUGGAUAUUACAUUUGUGAAAAUGGGCGAUACGCGAUAUGCCCGUAAAUGGGGUGUUGUGAAACUCCCAGCAGUUGUCUAUUUCCGUAAUCGUUUCCCAAGCAUUUACAGAGGAGAGUUCACCUCAGAACUAGUUGUAUUAGAAUGGUUGAAAAAGAACAGGUUUAGGCAGCCAGAGUUAAAUUUAUUCAUGUAUGCUCUCAUCGCAAUCGUCUCCGCAUUCUUUAUUUACACGGGUUUCCUCAUGUAUGGUUUUCCACAAGCAAGACAAGCAUCAUGAUACAAGAGUGAAAACUGCUACAUUUCCAAAGAAGUCUUUAUAUUAAAUCAAUUGUUUUGAAAAUGUGGAAGGACCAUAUAUUAUUUUUAAACUAGCUCAAAACCUCUCAACCAAACAAAAGAGGGAUUUGUACAAUGCAAUUGAAAAGCAAAAUUUCACCUUCAAAACUUUCAUAUUCAAUAUUAUGCAUGUAUAGUUUUGUAAAUAAUUCCUAAAUUAUUAUUGUAAUUGUGUAAAAAAAGGAAAAAAAAAAAGAGAGAAAGAAUUUGUUUCAGGGUAGUUACUUCUUUGAAUCGUAUCUCACUAUCAUAGCCUGUAAUUUAUGUUAAUUUAUGCAAGUAAUUCAAGUUUUGUUUUACCUAAAAUUCUCUUAUGUGCCAAAGUCAUCAUUCAGUUGUGAAUCCUUGCAAUCUAUUAUUGUACAUUUUGGGUAAAUGAUUAAAUUUAUUUCAGCAUUUUUCACACAAUACACCCUUUCAAAUGUACAUUACAUACAAGUGGUAUUAAUAUAGACAUAAAUAAUGUACAUAAAAUCAAAUACUUUGACAUAAUUAGUUUAAUUUUGUACUUAUAAGAGUAAAUUGCUAAUUGUGAUUUAAUUAUAGCUUCACUUUUCUAUUUUUUUUUUUUUUUUUUUUCACUUUUCACAUCAUCAGAAUUGUCAUUGAUACCAGGUAACAUACAAAAACAAUAAAUCAUUUCAUAAUUUUAAACAAAUGUUAUUACAAAUGAC